UCCAAGAUUCUAUGAAAAGAAUAAGAAAGAAAACCAAGAGAAUUUCAACUCAAGUAAUAUGUUUUUAAGCUUGUUUCUUGUUUAAUUUUGCAAAAAAGUUGUGAUCUUUCUUCGAACGAGUAAAAAGGGAAAUCAAUUUCGGUAAAGUAAACCUAAGUAGAGGAUAAGUAGCUGGAGUACUCUAUUGUUAGAAUAAUUCUUGUUUAUUUUUGCAGAAUGUCAAAAUCUCUUUCAUUUCCAAGAAACGUUGUUUUCACAAGUCAGACUUCAUUUAGUUUACUUGGGAUCUUCUUUUUCCUUUUAGAUCAUUUCUCUGCACCAAGAGAGUUUGCUGUUAUUUCUAUUUAAUGACUCCGUAUUUUAGUUUUGUGGAUCUAAUAUUACUUGUUCAUGGAUUAUAUUAUGUGUGUAUAGCAUUGUGGCCAUGGCAAGGAAGAUGUUGAUUGAUGGGGAGCUGGAAAAGCACAGUGAAGAGGAGACUCGCUAUGACUUUGAUUUGUUUGUGAUUGGUGCUGGCAGUGGCGGAGUUCGUGCUUCACGAUUUUCAGCACAAUAUGGAGCUAAGGUUGGGAUAUGUGAGCUUCCAUUUCAUCCUAUCAGCACUGAAGUGAUUGGAGGAGUUGGCGGAACGUGUGUCAUUCGUGGUUGUGUUCCUAAAAAGAUUUUGGUCUACGGUGCAACCUUUGGAUCUGAAUUGGAGGACGCGAGGAGUUACGGAUGGGAAUUGAAUGAGAAAAUUGAUUUCAAUUGGAAGAAGCUUUUACACAAAAAGACAGAGGAAAUAGUUAGAUUAAACGGAAUCUAUAAACGGUUACUUUCAAAUGCGGGAGUUAAACUAUUUGAAGGAGAGGGAAAAGUUGUUGGUCCUAAUGAAGUUGAAGUGAUUCAAUUGGAUGGCACCAAAAUAAGCUAUUCGGCAAAACACAUUCUGAUUGCAACUGGAAGUAGGGCUCAACGACCAUCUAUUCCCGGACAGGAAUUGGCUAUAACAUCUGAUGAGGCAUUGAGCUUGGAAGAGUUACCUAAGCGAGCCGUUAUACUUGGGGGAGGGUACAUUGCUGUUGAGUUUGCUUCAAUAUGGCGUGGGAUGGGUGCAACAGUGGAUUUGUGCUUCAGAAAGGAGCUCCCUUUAAGAGGUUUUGAUGACGAAAUGCGAGCAGUGGUUGCAAGAACUCUUGAAGGCAGGGGAAUUACUAUGCAUCCUAGGACAACCUUAACUGAGCUAGUUAAAACAGAAGAUGGUAUAAAAGUACGCACCGACCAUGGUGAAGAAUUGCUGGCAGAUGUGGUACUUUUUGCCACUGGUAGGGCACCUAACACAAAGAGGUUGAAUCUGGAAGCUGUAGGUGUUGAACUUGAUAAGACUGGAGCUGUGAAGGUUGACGAAUACUCUCGCACCAACUUACCUAGCAUAUGGGCCAUUGGUGACGUUACAAACCGAAUGAAUCUUACUCCUGUUGCAUUAAUGGAAGGAACCUGUUUUGCCAAAACUGUUUUUGGUGGACAACCCUCCAAACCUGAUUACAGCAACGUUCCUUGUGCUGUUUUCUGCAUACCACCAUUGUCGGUAGUUGGUCUCAGUGAGGAACAGGCCAUUGAGCAAGCAAAUGGUGAUGUUUUGGCCUUCACAUCAACAUUUAAUCCAAUGAAGAACACCAUUUCUGGACGUCAGGAGAAAACGGUUAUGAAGCUUGUCGUUGAUGGUGAGACUGAUAAAGUUCUUGGAGCAUCCAUGUGUGGGCCUGAUGCUGCUGAGAUCAUGCAGGGCAUUGCUGUUGCACUCAAAUGUGGAGCAACCAAAGCACAAUUUGAUAGCACGAAGAGUUUGUGACCAUGCGGUCGAUCAGUAGGCGGAUCACGGCUGGUAACCCGAAGACCAACCUAUAGACAUUCAUUUUCAAUAAAAACAUCAUACUGAGUAUGAUUUUGAGAAAUUAUAUUUACACGAUAGAGCAUGUUGGAGAAACCACUGUGGACAUGCCUUUCUGGGAUUUCAGUUGAACAGUCUUAGCUUGGCAGUAGUUUGUUUCUUUCACUUCAAUAUGUUUCAGCUGCAAUAGUUGAUGAAAAAACUUGAAUAGUAUUGUAAUUUCAACAAUUUGCAUACAAGGAGCUGUUAUCUUGCUUUUGAGAUGACUGUACUGGCUUCUUUAACAACGUGGACUAGACUAUCGAGCGAUAUUGAAGAAGAGAAAAGUUACCGUCGACUCAAGUACAGUAUUGUGUCAAACAUGCCCUUGUGAUGAACGGUGCUUUCCUUCUCGAAUACCUUUCCAUUUGAAAUAUUCAGCCUUGUACAUGAUUUAUUAAAGUUUUUUCAACUUGUACAAGUUGCUUUUGAACCUCAUGUCAAAAAUAAUAGUGGAAGGUUUAAUAGACCAGCAAUUAAAGGCAA